AAAAAAAUCUAUUGUUGAUUGAGUGCAGUGCAGAAAAAUAUAUAGCUGGUGGAUUCACUUUUUUUUGGAGGAGGAAGCAGCAGCCUGCCAGCAGAAAAGUGGAAUUCCGUGGCCAUCAGCGACACCACAGAGCAGAGAAAACGGGGCCACCUAGUUGCGCCGUACCAGCAAGUUUUGCGUUCAUCGUUUUCGACUGACCACCGAUAUUGGUUCCGUUUUGGUACGGCUCGUUUUGUUUUUCAUUAUUUGGAUCUACUCGGAACUACCCUUGGGUGGAUCUACAAAAUUUUCGUCGUUCCGGAUUAGAGUGCCGUAUUUCCCCCUUAGCGACUUACCAUCCCAAACAACAACGUAACCGAACAGAAGCAAACAUGAUCAAACUAUUUUCGUUGAAGCAGCAGAAAAAGGACGGUGAAGCACCCCGAUCCGGUCCCCAGAAGAAAGCUUUCACGGCAGCUCAACUCCGGAUUACCAAGGAUAUUAACGAACUGAAUCUUCCCAAGACCUGUGCUACCGAAUUUCCGGAUCCGGAUGAUCUGCUCAACUUCAAACUGAUCAUUUGCCCGGACGAAGGUUUCUACAAGGGCGGACGGUUUGUCUUCAACUUUAAGGUUGGACCGAACUAUCCUCACGAGCCGCCGAAGGUGAAGUGCGAAACCCAGGUCUACCAUCCGAACAUUGACCUGGAGGGCAACGUGUGUCUGAACAUCCUGCGAGAAGACUGGAAACCGGUGCUGACGAUCAACUCGAUCGUGUACGGACUACAGUAUCUCUUCUUGGAACCCAACCCGGAGGAUCCGCUGAACCGGGAGGCCGCCGAAGUGUUACAGACGAAUCGACGCCUUUUCGAACAUAACGUAUUCAAGGCAAUGCGCGGCAGCUACAUUGGCGAAACCUAUUUUGAGCGUUGUCUUAAGUGAUAUAUAAAUUCGACACUCACUCUUAAAUGUUGCGUUUAUUUAAUUAUUCUAACGAUCGGAGGACGUUACUACAUAGAUUUUAAGUAUAACUGAAAUGUGAAGUUGGAAAAAACAUGAAAACAAAAAUCGAAUGCGACGAUUUGUGUUGUCGGGGGGGAAAAGUGGGGACACAGGGACAUUGCAACUACGAAAUAUAAACAAAAAACCGGAAAACCAGAGUGACAGUUAAAAAUAGAAACGAAGAUUUGUAUUACUUGCCCGGGGUAUCAGACAGUGAUGGAUUGUUAAAACAAGCUUCGGAAGGUCAGUUUGAAACAAAAAUGCACAGGUAAGUUGAAAACAGUAAAAGCGAAAAGAGUAAAACAGUAUCUUGGCGAUCUUAUAUCUCUUACUAUGACAAAAUAAAUCAACCAAUAAAAAUAAAUUAUGCUAGCAAACAAACAGAAUCAAAUAACUAGAAAUGCCAAACAGCUAGGCAAGAGAAUUAUCCAUUUCAUUCUCAUCAGAUCGAGGUAUCUAAAUAAAAGUCUCGUCGAAGACAUCCGCAUGGUGACAACGCAUACACAACAUUCACACGACGAAGUUAAAUCACAAAAACAGAAAAUGUAAAAAAAACACAAAAAGCGAAGUUAAAAAUUUGAAGAUCUUAGUUUAAUUUAAUCAAAAUCUACCUAAUAAUGCAAAUUACUAAUAAAUGAUUAAAGAAAACCAACCUGAUACUCUGAUUGACUUUGUUUCACAACACCCACAAAUUCAAACAUGUAAAUGAGCAAAACUAUCUAUAAAAUUCUAUAUGAACGUCAGAAGCAAAUAACGAAAAAAUAAUACCGGAGUGCAGCAGCGAUACAAAGCCAACAGUAUAAGAAGAAAGCUAUGGGAAACUGUGAAGUUGACCAUUCAGAGAGAAAAUUUCACAACCAAACACACACAAAAGUUGAAACGUUGUACUGAAAGAGAAAAUCGAAGUAAAACAAAAUCGAUAAGCCAGAAUUAAAUAGAAAUACCUUUUAUCCGA